AUGUCUGUCACACAUACACAUUGGUUAAACAAUGGUGGUUGGUCUGGAAUCCAAGUUACAAGUUUUCUGUCAUUGGAGGAAGCAGGCAAAAUAUGGAAGGAUGAGUCACUAACCAUUGCUGAAUGGAGGAGAAAGAUUGUGAAUCCACAAAGGGGAGAUAUCAAAACAAGAUGGAGAGCCAUGGAUGAGUUCAAUGACUUCAUGCUAAAAGCCUGGGGAGGACUUGUCACACAAGAAACAAGGGUUGGUGGUACAAGACCUUUGAUGGCAUUGUUUUGUCAAAUGGAUAUCAGGAUCAUAGCCCCAGAUAGCAUGAGCCCCAAACUAUGGCUGGGAUAUUUUGUCAAUAAGGUGGAAUGGACUCUGAUGACAAGCUUUUGGCUAUUCUGGAAUAUCAACAACACUGGAGGAAUGAUGGCAGACACACUUGCAAUGCUGUUCAAGAAAUGGGUCAGAGCAAUCACUAAUAUAUACUGCAUAGCAUAA